GAUCAACAUAACCUCUAAAAUUUUAGUCCGUCAUCAUCUCGAUUGUUGUGAAAAUGAGUUGAUGUCAGGAGACAAAGUUUUUUAUUAUUUUUCUCAAAAUGAGAUCGUGUUCAGUAUUUUUAGCCUUAAUAUCAUUAUUUACAGUCUUUCAAUUUACAGAAUGUCUUCAUAGGAAUUUAAAAUAUUACGAGACACUUGAUAUUUCUCAAGUAGAUCAUAGAAUAGUAAAAAGAGGAACUCAGCACAGUUAUCAUCCUUAUAAUAAAAUAAGUGAAAUCGAAUUUCACACACAUGGGAGACAUUUUCGAUUAAUUUUAACUCCAAGACGGGAAGUUAUUCACUCGAAUUUUAAGGUGUAUGAGGUUGAUGGCGAUGGACAGGAAACAAGUGUUCAUUUAGAUCAUGACAAUUUCUAUCAUGGUCGAGUAUUUGGAGAAGUAGAUUCUCACGCACAGAUUCAUAUUGACAAUGGUGUUCUUACGGGAACUGUUACUAUUCCUGACGAAACUUUUCAUAUUGAGCCAUCCUGGAGGCAUCUUCCUCACUUGGAUAACAAAUCAAUGAUAGUUUAUAAAGCGUCGGAUGUAAAAUUAAGUUGGGAACAUUUUGAAAAUGGAGAAGGUCACACGCAUAGUGCUCCAAAAACAUGUGGUUACGUAAAAGAGGAAUCAGACAUUCCCGAAGAAAAAUUGGAACUCGAUGUGACACUCGAGGAAGAAUUUGAUAAUCAAACAAGAAAAAAAAGACAGACUGAAACUUAUGAAUAUACACCGACAAAAACACGAUGUCCACUUUUACUUGUUGCUGAUUAUAGAUUCUAUCAGGAAAUGGGAGCCAGCAGUACAAAAACAACAAUUAAUUAUUUGAUAAGUUUAAUCGAUAGAGUGCAUAAAAUAUACAAUGACACUCUCUGGCAAGAUCGUCAAGAGCAGGACGGAUUUAAAGGAAUGGGAUUUGUUAUUAAAAAAAUUGUCGUUCACAGUGAACCAACUCGUAUUCGAGGUGGUGAAACGCAUUACAAUAUGGUUAAAGAAAAGUGGGAUGUUCGCACACUUCUUGAAGUCUUUAGCAGGGAAUAUAGUCACAAGGAUUUUUGUUUGGCUCAUUUGUUUACUGAUCUAAAAUUCGAGGGUGGAAUUUUGGGUUUGGCUUAUGUUGGUUCACCACGAAGAAAUUCUGUCGGUGGCAUUUGUACUCCUGAAUAUUUUAAAAAUGGCUACACUCUGUAUCUUAAUUCCGGUUUGAGUUCAAGUAGAAAUCAUUAUGGACAACGUGUUAUAACUCGCGAAGCAGAUUUAGUGACUGCUCAUGAAUUUGGACACAAUUGGGGGUCUGAACACGAUCCUGAUAUUACGGAAUGCAGUCCAAGUGCUAGUCAAGGUGGUUCGUACUUAAUGUAUACCUACAGUGUUAGUGGAUACGACGUAAAUAAUAAGCGUUUUUCGCCGUGCAGUUUGCGAUCAAUUCGAAAAGUUCUACAGGCAAAAAGUGGACGAUGUUUCUCGGAACCUGAGGAAUCGUUUUGUGGUAAUUUACGCGUUGAAGGCGAUGAGGAAUGUGAUGCUGGACUUUUGGGAACAGAAGACAAUGAUGCGUGUUGUGAUAAAAAUUGUAAAUUACGUCGUCAUCAGGGUGCCGUUUGUAGUGACAAAAAUUCGCCUUGCUGUCAAAAUUGCAUUUACAUGCAACAGGGGACAAAAUGUCGUGAAGCACAAUAUGCAACGUGUGAACAGGAAUCGCGUUGCACUGGAGCGACAAGCGAAUGUCCACGAUCACCACCAAUGAAAGAUGGAACCGGAUGUCUUGAGAGGGGACAAUGUCGUCUUGGAAAAUGCGUUCCCUAUUGUGAAACUCAAGGUCUACAAAGUUGCAUGUGCGAUACAAUUUCAGAAGCUUGUAAGAGAUGCUGUAGAAUGAGCUUGAAUGAAACAUGUUUUCCCAUCGAUCCACAGGAUAUUUUACCCGAUGGCACUCCUUGCAUUCAAGGAUUUUGUAAUAAGGGAGUUUGUGAAAAGACAAUUCAAGAUGUGGUGGAGAGAUUCUGGGAUAUUAUUGAAGACAUUAAUAUCAAUAAAGUUAUAAGAUUUUUAAAGGACAAUAUUGUUGGGGCAGUUAUUAUUAGCACGGCUUUGGUAUGGAUUCCAUCGAGUUGUGUAAUAAGUUACAUUGAUCGUCGGAGAGUUAAAGAAAAUGAGAAAAAAUGGCGUUGGAAAAAUACUGAUGAACUAAUACAUCCGGAAGAACGAAGACAAGUUAUUUAUGUUGGUUUACCACGUCGAGUACAACAUGUGACACAACAAACUUAAUUUCCCCCUUUUAUUAUUAAUUUAAUUAAUUGAAAAAACAAAUACUAGUCAGACGAAGUAAUAUUUUUUUUUUUAAUUUUUAAUUUAUCGUUAAUUUUACUUAACAUCACCGCAAUAUUAUGGUGAAUAUAUUAACUUGCCAGUUACCAAUAAAGCUUUAUAAUAAU